GAGAAAUCAGCGGAAGUAUUUGUAGCUGUGAGUAGUGAGUUCAAGGAGACGAGAAGGGGGGACUUUGAGGAUAUCAUACCUAAGUCUGUCAGCGGAUUAGACCUAAAUAAUUUAGCAAUGCCCCCACUUGCAGGUGCCGAACUUAUCCGCACUCCAGUUCAACUAUACCGUUAUCUUCUGCGAUGCUGUAAACUCUUGCCAUCAACAGCCAUGCAACAGCACUACAGGCAUGCAGUAAGACAAAGCUUUAAUAGCCAUGCUGAUGAAGAAGACAGAGAGCGUGUACAACUCAUCAUCCAAAGAGCCAUUGUAGAUGCUGACUGGAUCCUGGAGAAGUAUACCAAAAAGUGACCACUGGUGUUAUUUGAUGAAGAGAUGGACUCAGGUUUGCCUUGUGGUGAUCUGCACACGAGUUGGCGCAUACCAGCUGAAUGAGGGUGAUCUUAGUAUCACUGCAAAGCUAGAGUUAAAGAGUUAAAUACCAGAUGUAUAUAUUUUGAAAAUUUGUCAGCAUAGCCAUUGGAACAUUAUUGUAUUUAUUUGCGUGUACAUUUUUGUCGUAAAUAGUAUGUACAGAUAUCAAUUGUCUUACUUUGCACCUUAAAUAAAGAAGGGUUGGAAAUACUGAAA